CAACGAUACAAGUAGUACUCAUCGAAGUGUUGUAGAUGUCGGUAUAUUUGUGUUGUUUUGCUAAUAGCAAAGUGAAAAAAAUAUAUUAAUAUAUAACAAAAAGGUACAAUUCUUUUAUAAAUUUAAUAUCAACAUGAAUGCUCCGCCAACCUUUGAAUCAUUCUUGCUCUACGAGGGAGAGAAAAAGAUAAUAAAGGAGCAGGACACUAAAGUACCAAAUGCAGCAAUUUUCACAGUGAACAAAGAAGAUCAUACUCUUGGAAAUAUGAUUAGAAACCAACUAUUAAAAGAUCCUCAAGUUUUGUUCGCUGGCUACAAAGUACCUCAUCCAUUGGAACAUAAAUUUGUAAUUAGGAUACAAACAACGUCAGACUAUACGCCACACGAAGCUUUUAUGCACGCAAUAACUGAUCUAAUAGCUGAAUUAUCAUUAUUUGAAGAACGUUUUAAGGAAGCGAUAAAAGAAAAAAAGGAAGGAUUAGAUUAAUGAAUUGGAAACUAAUUAUAAGUAUUUACGAAUUAAUAUAAAUGUACAUAUAAAUAUGCAUUAGCAAUUAUUCAAUUCGGGU